AUGGCUACGAUCCAGCACUGUGCCUUUUGCUUCAAGACUGUCUACGCCGCGCUCGUCUCAGCUGAGCGGCCCUCCUUCCAGAGCGAGAACAGCUCGCCCCUGUUCGUCACCUGGACCAAGGGCCCCGAGGAUGACCUGCGGGGCUGCAUCGGCACCUUCCAGGCGGACAGACUCUCGAAGCUGCUGCCCCAGUACGCUAUGAUCUCUGCUUUCAGCGACUCGCGGUUCAAGCCGAUCACUUUAAAGGAGCUGCCCUCCCUGUCAGUGGCGGUGAGCCUCUUAGUCAACUUCGAAAAGAGGGGCAAGAAGCCGCUUGACUGGGAGGUUGGGAAGCACGGCGUUAUCAUCGAGUUUGAGGCCAAGGGCGAGCAGUUCAGCGGGACCUUCCUGCCCGAGGUGGCCAGCGAGCAGGGCUGGGACCAGGCCACGACCCUCAAGCACUUGGUGCGGAAGGCCGGCUACACUGGCUCGAUCGAGAAGAUAAUGCCCUAG